UAUCCUAUCCUUUUCUCAAUGUGUUGGCUACAAGUCGCGGUGUGUGAUAUCACCGAUGACGUCCACCCGCGGAAUGGCGACGCGAGUCAUAAGGUAAACACGCACCUCCAGUCGAUCGUGGCCACCCGACGGACAACAAUCUAUAUCUAGGUGAUAAGGGAGCGCAGAACAAUUACAUCGUAAUGUCGCACACUGUGACUGUGAGGACCGCAACGGUCACCACCAGCACCUCCAGCAUCCUCAUCAACACGGGAUUCAUGAAGACUUAUCGAGGAAUUCUCAAAGUUCUCGAGUUUAUACUGGGAAUCAUCUGCGCCGGAAUCAUGGGAUAUUUAUUCGAUUACAGCGUUGCUAUAUCACCCGGGAGUUUGUUCUUCUUCCUCAUGGUGACAACUUUCAUGAUCGGAACUUUCAUUCUGGUCAUGAGCGCAUUGUUUUCGCUAUCUUCUGAAGCGAUGAUCUCCAAAACUCUUUAUGAGGUAUUGUACCACGCUAUUGCAUUUGGUUUGUUGCUCGCCGCAUCGAUAAACUAUAUGAUGUUGGUAAACGAUGAAAGACGAGGGGUUACGAGAAAUUAUAAUCUUCAUGUAGCUGCCGGGAGUAUGGGAUUAGUGAAUACCGUACUAUACCUUCUCAGUACGAUAUUCGGAAUUCGAUCGUACAGAGGGCUGUAAAGUGUUCAAGCUUCUUCACGAUUGACGGAAGUUGCGUAAAGCCAGGAGAUUCUCAUUCUCUGCAGAUGUCGGAUGUAAUCGCAGAAUUUUGCAAUUAUUUUUGGAGCAAAUAUACACUUGAGCAUCGAUAUGUACAGGAAGCUCACGAAGUCUGACUGUUGAAAACACUAUACGCUUAAACCAAACCGCCAAUUCUAACUCGGUUGUAUUUUUUCAAAUCUAGUUCACACAUAGAUUGCACUCUAUUAUUUACGAGAUUUUUUGACUAAUGAUUGUGAUUCAUUUUUCUUGAGAAAAAUGAAGGCGCCUCGCAGCUGACCAUUGAAGCUGACGAAUUUGUAACAAAUUUACAGUUUAUACGAUUUAUAAUUUACGAUGUGUGUUGAAUGCCUUUAAAUAUUUAUACUGAAUGUCCUAAAUAAUUGAAUAAACUAUUGUACGUGAUGAAA